UUAUUUCUCAGCAUGAAAUCUAUGCAAGAAGGGCUGGUAGAAUAUUAUAUUACAAGGUAUCAAUUUAUCGUCCUGACUUCAGCUUUGAUGGUUAUGGGAGAGUUUUAAUGUACUCACACAAUAUUUUCGCAAGAAAGAGGCUAUGUACUAGUUUUGCCGUGAAACACGUGCCUUUUGGAGAGCGGAGAGAUCUUGUUUACAAUAGAAAUCGCGAAUAUUAAAUUCAGCGAACUGUUUGCUGCCACAAACGAGGUGAGCCGCUUCAAUCACCCACCUUUCGCAGUUCAAAACAGAAGCAAUGAAAUUAUUAUUGCCAGCAGCUUUAGCAGUCCUUGCAAUCCUGCGAGAAGUUUGUGGAAAUAAGGAUGGCACUGAAUGCGAACAAAGGACAGAAGAAGGCAAAUGUUGUGUGUUUCCAUUCACAUUUAUGGGUGAAAAGAUGCAUUUUUGUAUCAGUGGGGGACCCUCCGAAGAUGACUGGUGUGCGACUACAGAUGACUUUGACCGGGACGGAGAAUGGGGUCGCUGCACGGGAGUAAAAUGUUACAUUUGCUCCAGUGAUGUCUCCUGGUCGGACUGUGAAAACCAGCAGCAAGCCCACAACUGUCCGUAUAUGCACGAUCAGUGUCUGACACUCAGCAAGGAGGCAGGAGUCACUAACACAAGCCUGCUCUUCCUAAAGAGAUGCACAUCUAACACUCAAUGUACAGCGUAUAAUCCAACUUGCGAUCGUCCCGAUGUUCUAAAGUGCGACUUCAGCUGCUGCAUGGGAGAUUUUUGUAACGCUGCCUCGCUGCCUUAUUCGGCGGUUGGUAGUUUUGUUCAUAUGGCUGCGUGGAUUUUUUACAUGUAUGGCUGAUUGUCUGUGGUUAUAUGGCGUCAAAUUCAUGACUGUUAGGGUUGAAAAACAAUUCCACUAGUCCCUUCUUUAUCGCAUCUAAGUUUGAAAAUUUAGAAUCAUAUUUAGCGCCGGAAAAAAACUACCUCCAGAUUGAAGGUUGCCAACUAUUGGUUUAAUAAGAUAGAAAAACAAGAGAGGUAACACAAAGAUGGACCGAAGAGGACUGAGGAUGGAGAAGAUUAAAACGGAUUGCAACUGAUGAAAUUGAAAGACUAAGGCUGAC